UUACAAAUAGGAACUAACCAUCCAGAAAGCGCACAGUGAGCACGGAUUGUUGGGACUUGCUUUACGGGAGUUUUAGUUUGGUUUUUUAUGUGAAGAUCUGCGUUAUUAAGCUUUUAUGUGGAAAAGAGACACGCAUUUCCAAGAAAGCUGCAUUCGCUUACGAGCUGAGAGGACUGUGUGCGUGUUUUCUUUUCUUUUUCAUUCUGGGAAGAAGAAUCGGAGGAGCAGUAGAAAGGGUAGAAGAAAGCUGCGCACACAGUGUCUUUGUUGCUGUUAUUGUUUGCGGAUGGAUGCUGGCGGUUAUGGAUUAAAUGCCCCGAGUUCCUGGAUUCAAUGGUGAUUAAAAACCCAGCUGUGUGGGAGAAAAGAAGGAAUAUUUGGGAAGGUAGAAGUUCUCUGAGGGACCCCCAGGCUGGCAAUGUUCCUGUGGAUGCUCCUCCCGGCCAGCCUGCCUGUCUUCACCAUCACCGGGAUGUGGAUAGUAUAUGCCCUGGCUCUGUUCAAUCAACAUGUCUGCCCUGUAGAGAACUGGGUGUACAAUCUGUCGUGUAAGGUGGAGCUAGCCGAGCAGGAAGGCCUCGAAUUUUGUUGCACCCCAGACAACAUCCCGCUGGUCAGUAAGUGUGGGACCCUGCCCCCCGAGAGCUGUCUGUUCAGUCUCAUCUGCAGCGUGGGCUCCUUCAUGGUGAUGGUGGUCGGGCUGCUGCGCUAUGCCCAUGUCAUUGAGAAGCACCAGAACUGUGUCCUCAACACCGCCGCUCUCUCCACUGGCUGGAUCUGUGCUGCCGGGCUCAUUGUCGUUGGAAACUUUCAGGUUGACAAUGUGAAGGUGCUACACUAUGUAGGUGCCGGUGUUGCAUUCCCCACCAGCAUGCUGUUUGCUUGUCUGCAGUCUGUGCUGACGUACCGCCUGGCCAAGACUGGCUGUGAAUAUGGAGUGGGGCAUCUACGCUGCAGUCUGACCCUGCUCGCCUUCAUCACACUCGUACUGAGUGGCGUGUUCUUCGUGCAGGAGAGCUUUGAGCUGCAGCACGCCGCUGCGAUCUGUGAGUGGAUCUUCUCCUUCAUCAUCCUCGUCUUCUACGGGACGUUCGUCUUCGAAUUCCAGGGGGUGUCAAGUGAGACCCUGCUGGUGCUGUUCAGGGGGGGUUGCAAGGGGGAGGGGGAGUCUCGCAACAACAGCAGCGAAUCAAGCAACCUGAGAGCAUCGGAAUGCUGUAGAGACUGACAGACAGACGCGUGCUUGUCAAAAUACCGACCGGCCAGUACAGGGGGAAGGUUCCAAGAGGGGGGUGGGAUUGUGAGGGGGAUUACAAUGUCAUUUGACCCUCCCCUUCCUUACCCGCCAAUCAAACCCCAAAGCCCGGUUUAAUGCUGCACGUUGCUAAGUAACCAAAGUUUCAAAUGAAUCCAGGACUUGAGUUUCUGCAGAGACGGAGACAGAUUUCUAUUUCUAGUUUUAGUUGUGAAAGUGUGCCGUGUUCUCACUGCCUGUGUUCCCUGGGAACAUGUCCAGGGGUGAUGGGGUUAAUGAAUCAUGCAGAUCACAAUCUAAGAAGAAGUAGUACUGACCAGGCCAGACCCUGCUGCUGCUGCUCCUGCUGCUGCGCUUUCUGAGAUCAGAGUAGAUCACAAUCUAAAAAGCAGUAGUACUGGCCAAGCCUGACCCUGCUGAGAGGUACUCGUAUCUCACAUCUGACAACAAGAAUCAAAGGCUAAAAGUGUAAGAUCUCUUGUAAACACUAAAAAACGGAACCAGCUACACUGUUGCCAUGUACCCUACGAAGCAGCUUUGGGACAUACUGUGAUCAUGAAUACUUUGGAAUGAAAACAGCUCUAAAACAUGGGACCGACUGCGUGGUUGAUUUUUAUCCAAAGACACAUUUUCCCAAUUUAAAGCCAUGAUGCCUGAAGACUGGACCAAUCAUUUUUGUGCUUUUAUUUUUUACAACAUUAAAUAUAUAUUUUAUUUUUCAAAACAUUUUAGAGAGACUGAGAGCUAAAACGUUUGCUGACAACAGCCUUUCUUUUAGAUUUAGUCUUUCUGAUGUAAUGUCUGUGAUGCUGCCUUAGAACUGACCAAAUAGAAGCUAAACCCAGGGAGUGCACUAUAGAACUGACUUGAUCUGCCCCCCUUCUACCUCCACAAACACAGCAAAGCGUCACCUGGUGUUAAUGCAAGUGUGGAGGACAGGGUUUGAUUGCCUUACAAAAGAUAGGAUUUUAGUAAUAUGAGUAAGCCAUGGAUUAUAUUGAAAAGAAAACUGGUAUUUCAGUAUGCUUUCAAGUGUGCUUUUCUGCUUCGAAUAUUUGUAUCUUUUAUAAGUGCUUCUGGUCUGGAUUAAAUCAAAAUGAUGGCUCUGCCUUAAACUUGUGAUUCUGGCCUCUGCCUCCUUUUCAGGAACCUUAAAUGUUAGCUUUUGCACAAUCUGUUUUAUUUAAGGCAGGGUCCUUGAGUACAAAUAUAUUGAAGUUGCAUUCUUUUAAAACUCAAAGCUAUGCUGAUGGUACUUCCACCUUAUUGCGGGCGCUGUGAUCUAAAAGGAAUCAAAGGAAAUUUAAUACCAGAAAACUGCCAAUUGUUUUAUUGUGUUUUUUUGGGACAAUAUUGCCAAAGGGGGAGGAAUUAUGUGGAGCGUCACAAUCGUAUUGUGACAUGUCAUGCACUUUCCUUAGCUGGGCAGUUUUGAAACGUACAAUACAUGUGGUACCACUCUAGGUUAAAGCUUUUCAAGUAGUCUUGCAUUUCCUAGGUCAAUUCAGCCAGAGAGUGAAAUAGUUCCCGCCCUUUCAAUGCUUUCUUUCUUGUCGUUAACCAAUCAGCUGCUUCAUCCCUUACUGACAUGCUUUGACUUGUUGGAAGUGAAAUAGCUUUAGCCUUCCUGAGCAUAAGUCAAAAAAACUGACAGCUUUCUUUAACUUUAGUGUAGUAGAAGAUCCUGUUUUAAAAUGAAAUUAAAUGGAAAUCAUACCAACAAAACAGAAUUCCUCCUCCGCAUCCAGUCACCUGACCAGCCGUUCCAAGCAUUGAUAAACGUUCAUCACUGUUCAUAUUGCCAUAGGAAAAGAAACCAAAAACUAGCUGUGUUGUAUAAAACAAGUUUAAUCUGCACUUACGGAGAAGCAGAGAAAAACAAGAGAAACAAAGAGUGUAUUAUUCUGGUAGGUUUUGUUACAAUAUUGUUAAAUGAAUAAAGAGAAUAUAUGAACCAA